AGUGCUGAGGCACAGGGUGAGGGCGGGGGCUUUGAGGAGGGGAGCCGGCCUCCCAGGGCAGGAGCAGUAACCACAGCCCCCCACUGCAGACAGGCAGGAGGAGGCUGAUUUAAAAGGCAGCGGGGCCUCUGUCCGAAGCACUCAGCUCUGCACCCAGCCACUGCCACCGUGGGCCGGAGGAGCACCCAGACUUCCGGACCAGCUCCGGGCGGGUGCCAUGUGAGCCCAGCUUGGCUCUCCUCCUGCCCGCCCUCCUGCUGCCGGCCUCUGCCGUGUCCAGCUUCUCCAAAGAGGAACACUUGGAACCAUGUCUCUGCUCAACCCUGUCCUGCUGCCCCCGCAAGUGAAGGCCUAUCUGAGCCACGGGGAGCGCUUCAUCAAAUGGGACGACGAAACAACAUUAGCCUCCCCGGUCAUCCUCCGUGUGGACCCCAAGGGCUACCACUUACACUGGACAUAUCAGAGCAAGGAGAUGGAGUUUCUGGAUAUCACCAGCAUCCGGGACACCCGCUUUGGGAAGUUUGCCAAGAUUCCCAAGAGCCAGAAGCUCCGGGAGGUCUUCAACCUGGACUUUCCUGACAACAACUUCCUGCUGAAGACACUCACUGUGGUGUCUGGCCCGGACAUGGUGGACCUCACCUUCCACAACUUCGUCUCCUACAAGGAGAAUGUGGGCAAGGACUGGGCUGAGGAUAUACUGGCGCUGGUGAAGCACCCGCUGACGGCCAACGCCCCCCGCACCACCUUCCUGGACAAGAUCCUGGCGAAGCUCAAGAUGCAGCUCACCCCUGAAGGGAAGAUCCCUGUGAAGAAUAUUUUCCAGAUGUUUCCUGCGGACCGAAAGCGGGUAGAAGCCGCCCUCAGUGCCUGCCACCUCCCCAAAGGCAAAAAUGACACCAUCAAUCCUGAGGACUUCCCACAAUCUGUCUACAAGAGUUUCCUCAUGAACCUCUGCCCUCGGCCGGAAAUAGACGAGAUCUUCACUUCCCACCAUGCCAAGGCCAAACCCUACAUGACCAAGGAGCACUUGACCAAAUUCAUCAACCAGAAACAGAGGGACCCUCGCCUCAACACAUUACUGUUCCCGCCAGCGCGGCCUGACCAGGUGCAGGGCCUCAUCGACAAGUAUGAGCCCAGUGGCAUCAACGUGCAGAGGGGCCAGCUGUCACCCCAGGGCAUGGUGUGGUUUCUCUGUGGGCCGGAGAACAGCGUGCUGGUCCAGGACAAGCUGCUGGUUCACCAGGACAUGACCCAGCCACUCAAUCAUUACUUUAUCAACUCCUCGCACAACACCUACCUGACAGCCGGCCAGUUCUCGGGCCUCUCCUCUGCGGAGAUGUACCGCCAGGUACUGCUGGCGGGCUGCCGCUGUGUGGAGCUGGACUGCUGGAAGGGGAAGCUCCCCGAUGAGGAGCCCAUUAUCACCCAUGGCUUCACCAUGACCACAGACAUCUACUUCAAGGAAGCAAUUGAAGCGAUUGCAGAAAGUGCCUUUAAGACCUCCCCCUAUCCUGUUAUACUGUCAUUUGAAAACCACGUGGACUCGCCCCGCCAACAGGCCAAGAUGGCUGAGUACUGCCGGGCGAUGUUUGGUGACAUGCUGCUCACCGAGCCCCUGGAAAAGUUUCCGCUGAAACCAGGCAGCCCCCUGCCCAGCCCUGAGGAUCUCCGUGGCAAGAUCCUCAUUAAGAACAAGAAGAACCAGUUUUCAGUCCCAGCAUCCCCCAGUGGGGAGGCUGAGGGCAGCUGCCCACCCAGUGCCCCUGUGGGUGGGGACACAGUGUUGGCUGGUGAGGAAAGGGCUGAGCUGGAGGAGGAGGAGGAGGAGGAGGAGGAGGUGGGAGAAGAAGAGGAGGAGGAGUCGGGAAACCUGGAUGAAGAAGAGAUGAAGAAGAUGCAGUCGGAUGAGGGCACAGCGGGCCUGGAGGCGACAGCUUACGAGGAGAUGUCCAGCCUAGUCAACUACAUCCAGCCCACCAAGUUCACCUCCUUUGAGUGCUCUGCCCAGAAGAACCGAAGUUAUGUCAUCUCCUCCUUCACGGAGCUCAAGGCUUAUGACUUGCUCUCCAAGGCCGCAGUGCAGUUUGUGGACUACAACAAGCGCCAGAUGAGCCGCAUUUACCCCAAGGGCACCCGCAUGGACUCCUCCAAUUACAUGCCCCAGAUGUUCUGGAAUGCUGGCUGCCAGAUGGUUGCCCUCAACUUCCAGACAAUGGAUCUGCCCAUGCAGCAGAACAUGGCACUAUUUGAGUUCAAUGGGCAGAGCGGCUACCUCCUCAAGCAUGAGUUCAUGCGUCGGCCAGACAAGCAGUUCAACCCAUUCUCGGUGGAUGGCAUCGACGUGGUGGUAGCCACCACCCUUUCCAUUAAGGUAAUCUCGGGGCAGUUCCUGUCAGAACGCAGUGUGCGCACCUAUGUGGAAGUGGAGCUGUUUGGCCUUCCUGGGGACCCCAAGAGGCGCUAUCGCACCAAGCUGUCCCCCACUGCCAACUCCAUCAAUCCCGUCUGGAAUGAGGAGCCCUUUGUGUUUGAGAAGAUCUUGAUGCCUGAGCUGGCCUCCCUCAGGGUGGCUGUGAUGGAGGAAGGCAGCAAGUUUCUCGGACACCGCAUCAUCCCCAUCAAUGCCCUGAACUCUGGAUACCACCACCUGUGCCUGCGCAGUGAGAGCAACAUGCCCCUCACCAUGCCUGCGCUCUUCGUCCUCCUGGAGAUGAAAGACUAUGUACCUGACACCUGGGCAGAUCUCACUGUGGCCCUCGCCAAUCCCAUCAAGUUCUUCAAUGCCCAUGAUAAGAAGUCUGUGAAGCUCAAGGAAGCCAUGGGAGGUCUGCCUGAGAAGCCCUUCUCCCCCGGGAGCCCACUUGCCAGCCAGGUGAACGGGGCACCCGCCUCGACCAGCAAUGGGUCAGCAGAGCCGCGCACCGCCAGUCUGGAGGAGCUGCGGGAACUGAAGGGCGUCGCGAAGCUGCAGCGGCGGCACGAGAAGGAGCUGCGGGAGCUGGAGCGGCGCGGCGCGCGGCGCUGGGAGGAGGCGCUGACGCGGGGCGCGGCGCAGCUGGCCGGGCUGGGGCCGCCAGGCGCGGGGGGCGGCAGCGGCGGCCGCAGGCUGGGCCCGGGCAAGGGCUCCCGCAAGAAAAGGACCCAGCCCGGGGAGGAGCCGGCCGGGGCCGUGGCGGGCGAGGGCCCCGAGGGCGCGGACCCGCGCGUGCGGGAGCUGCGGGACCGGCUGGAGCUGGAGCUGCGGCAGCAGCGCGAGGAGCAGUGCGAGUGCGUCCUGAAGCGCAAGGAGCAGCACUUGGCCGAGCAAAUCGCCAAGAUGAUGGAGCUGGCCAGAGAGAAACAGGCCGCAGAGCUUAAGACCCUCAAGGAGACCUCAGAGAGCGACACCAAAGAGAUGAAGAAGAAGCUGGAGGCCAAGAGGCUGGAGCGGAUCCAGGCCAUGGUGAAGGUCACCGCUGACAAGAUGGCCCAGGAGCGGUUGAAGAAAGAGAUUAACAACUCCCACAUCCAGGAGGUGGUACAGGCCAUCAACCAGAUGACAGAGAGCCUGGAGAGGCACCAGGAAAAGCUGGAGGAGAAGCAGGCGGCCUGCCUGGAGCAGAUCCGGGAGCUGGAAAAGCAGUUGCAACAGGAGGUGCUGGCAGAGUACGAGGCCAGGAUGAAGGGCCUGGAGACUGAGGUGAAGGAGUCGGUGAGGACCUGCCUCAGGGCCUACUUCCCUGCUGAGGCUGAGGACAAGCCCGAGAGGUCCUGUGAGGCAUCCCGGGAGCUGUGUGAACAGGACUCACUUACAGUUAAUGCGGACACCCAGGAGAGCUGCCUCUGAUACCCCCAUCCAGCGGGGACAUUCUGCAAGGACAUUCCCUCUUCUGUUGGGCGGGGCUCCAUCCCCCCAGGAAGAAAGGCCCCAGCAGCCCCAGUGCUCGGGGGCUGUGGGAAGCUGGGGUUCCCCUGGACUCUGGAGCCGUCUCCUCAACAGCCAGGCUAGAGGAGGAGGCAGGGAUGCCAUCAGGGCAGGGGCUCGUCUGAGGCCCAGAGGUCCUCUCUCAACUGCCUUCCUGCUCCUGCUCCUUCUCCUUGAAUUAGUGUCAUCUAUUUGUUGAGGGCAAAAGAAUAUGGACUGAGAGGCAGGGAAUGGGGUCCUGGCCUCACCCUGCGUUUCCUAGGGUGCAGCUAGUGGCGCCCACUCUGGAGUCAGUUUCCUCACCUGGAAGGUUAGGCCUGGCCUCCUGGAACCUCCACUCAGCACCUGUAAUUCAAGCAGGACCUGUUCUGCCGUAAGGCUGGCAGCUCACCCAGGCUUCUCGGCCCAUCGCGGGCGGGCCUGCCCUGAAUUGGCCUCAUUGUCUGCUCCCUGAUUCAGAGCCUGGCACUACCUCCAAGCUCCCUGGGGCCUGCUACCCCUAGGAUUCCAGGCUGAGGUCCCUUCCCUGGCUUCCUGCCUGAGGGGUGGGGUGGGGGGAGGCUGACAUGAAAACGCUGCCUCAGCUGUCUGGCUCUCCGCCCCAGAGGCAGCUGGGGCUGUGGCUGGUGGCGAGAGGAAAAGGAUGGCCUUUUGAGCACGUUCCCAUCCAGAGCCCGGCUCACCCCUUUUCCUAGGCUUGGCGGGUAUAUUUCCUAACAUGUACUCCAAUCCAGGCUUCCUGAUUGGUCACAUUUGUUUUCUCUUCUAACUUUAUGAGGUUUAUUUAUUUUUCUCAUUUUUUUAUUCCUACAAAAGAACUCUGUCCCAAUAUUUCCUGCCUAAGCCUGGCCUCUGUUCUACAGCUGAGAAAUGGGGCGGAAGGAGGAGAAAGCCCUGAAAUGAAGCAGGCGGGGAAAACCCUGGGGAGUGGAACCCGGGGGAAAGGUGUCCUCCAGAGCCCAGCAGAAUGGCCCUGCCUCUAGGCUUGAAGAGGAUUCACUUCCCUUUCUGUCGACCCUGCUGCCACAGCCACUGGAAAAUGAUGUCACCCCUCUUCGCCACCCUCACCCAGAUGUGGCCCUUCCUUGUCUCCACCCUCAGGGCUGGAGCAGAAGAGCCUAUACAAAGGUGCCCCCACCCUCUUGGAAGUUGCAAACCUUCAGGCCACCUUACAGGGGUCAGCUCCUCAGGCCGCUGGGGUAGUUAGGGUUCACCCAGCACUUGCUGCGGAGGGGCUUGUGGGCAGCCACUCACUGCACCUAUGGCACCGUCCCAAAUCCAAAUGGGAGGAGACACUGGUUUGGGAGAGGCAGGGUGGGGUUGAUUCUGGGAAGAGGUUGUUUUCUUAUCAGAGGGUUAUAGCAAAUGCCAAUAGCUGUGAGCACCUGUGCCUUUGGAGAAUGAACAGGACUCCCCCCCACCCCCACCCCAUCCCUCUGGGAUCCCAGCAGUCCCUGGCCGCAGGGUGAGGCUAAAGGCCUGCUCAUUGAUACAGCCAAGGGCAGUGCCCUGUCUUCAGUCCUCCAGCUGGGCAGUCAGCUGCCCAGCUGCCCUCCAGCCCAGGGUAGCACCCAGGCCUAGAGGAACUCACUGACCCAGGCAUGGGGCAGAAGCCAGAGCCGGCGCCAAAUAGAGCCCACGGGGCACCAUCCCCCUUGUUGUGCCAAUGACUGCGCAGGGGGAGGAGGGCUGUUUCCCCCGCCUCUGAGCCAGGCCUGGCAGAGUCUCUGGGCCCCAGGAAGCCCAGGAAUGGGGAAGGAAACACAACCCUGCCUCCUGGAGGGGCCUCUGCACACCCAGUACCACCUUCCUGCCUCUGUUCUCUUAGAAAAGGGCCAGGUGCCCCCGGGGAAAUGCCAGUCUCUGGGCCUCGGAGAUGAAUUAAUUUCUGGCAUCAGGGGAUGUGCAGAGGAAGAGUUGCCCUCCCUCGGGCACUGGGCAGGUGAAGGGCACCUGGGUUCCAUUCCUGAUGUGUAUCUAUGGGGCUGGGGCAAGGUUCCCUGUCCACUUGUCAUGCCUCAGUUCACUCUUUGAAGGGUCCCUACCCACUUCCCAAUCCCAAUGCUGAUUCAGUUGCCAGAGUCCCCUGUUGACUCACCAGCCCCCUGCACCCCCACAGCCUUCAAGCUCUUUAGAUCUUCCAGCCUUGUGCCACCAGGCCCAACCCUGCUGAGCUGGUGCAACGUGACAGGGUGAGGGGGUUGGUGACACUUGAGGAAAGAAGCAGGAUUGGGGGGAGGGGGGGGGGCAGCGGCAGACAGUGACAG